CGCUCGACGGCAGUGCUCUGCCCUUACUGUGCGAUAUAUCCUGACGCUCGCAGCGCGCUCUGCCCCUAUACUUCAGCGCCGACGACCUUGACGUGCCUUGAUCAUUCCGUCAUUUCCGCCAUAACGCCGGAGAUAGACACCUUACAACUAUGUCUACCAUGAGCAGCCCCCGCCUGCUUUCUCCGGACUCCGUUUCUUCCUACGACUACAUUUCCGCGCGAUCGCAUACGGAAAGCUACGGCGUGCGCAGUGCGAGCGAUGGUGUAUCACCUGCAUCCGACAUGGACGAGAUCGUAUGGUCCGUCUCGGACCUCUCGCUCUCGUCGAUGUCGAUCUCCGGGGCGUUCUCGCAGCGCAGCACGGGCGCACGUUCGCCCUCGACUUUCUCCGACGACUACAUCGUGCUCAGCAGGGCCAGGUCGCCCGUCCUGUCCCACGCGUCUGCAUCAUCCAGUAGGGUCUCGUCGGACGUCACCCGCGCGAUUGAGAGGGAGCUGAACGCCGCCAUCUCCGCGCUCUCGCUCUCGCGCACGCCGCCGAGGGACACCGCCGGUGCCCCUGCGGGUCCUACCCGAUUCGACCUCCGCCGUGCAGUGGGCAUCCCCACGGCCGCUUCGCCCGCCCCUGCAGCGGCGUCCUCGAAGAAGGCGAAGAAGCAGAAGGCCGCGGAGCAUGUCGUUGGAGCUUCAGCGAGGGCAGCCAAGAAGGAAAGGAAGAGGCUCAAGAACGCUCAGGAAAAGCAAGUCUCCAUUCCUGAGGCCUCUUUGCCCAGUCCGCCUCCAUCGCCCAGCAGGGGGGCCAAUAAUGUCCCGGCCGCGGUAGCUCCCUCCACUUCGCCCGCUUCGACGUCCGGUCUCGGCGAGCGCGCCAUUGUGGACGACGUUUCGGAAGCCGGCGAUUCCACUGUAGACGUAGUAACGUAUCGCGACGCCACCGCCUACAUUACAACCUUUUUGAAGAAUCCGACGUCAAAGCCAGGUUCGAAGAACCUGAAAUUACAUCAGGCCCUCAUCAUUGAGCUCGGACUCUGUCCCUCGGCGCUGCUGCCCUCCCUACGGAACACCGUUCCCUUCCCCUCGCUGCCUUCGCUCCCUCAUUCCCUCCGUGCUGCUAAGAACCUGUUGAAGUCGCAGGCCUUUGUGAACGUGCGUGACUACCUCGCCGUGCGCGAGGAAGGCCUUGAGGCACUGCGCCGGGUAAUGCAUCCGAACCGCGGCUCUCUCAUGCGCGAGGUGCGCUCCGGGCGGCGCCUGCCGGUGAAGACCAUCAAGGACGCAGGACUUAACGUCCUCCUUGUGCAGUGCUUCUGA